AGACCAUCGAGGCUGACGUUUGAUUUUACUCCCUUCAUGGCAGUUCUUCCGAUUUAUGGAUGGAUGGAGAUGUCACGGCAUCAUACCAUUAUGUUCUAGCUAGAUUUGGACAAGGGAAGAAGGAAGGCUAUCAUUUGGGCUGCCCUGUCUCUGGACUAAGCUGUGUAGCAGAAAUGGAGAAUUCCUCUAUGUCAGCUUCUUCUUCGGUUGUUGGGGAGGAGAUGGUCGAGGAUGGCCAUGGUCGGAAUCUAUCUGCCCUUCUUAGGAGGACCAUCUACGCCAUCUUCACUUGCCUAUUCGUAACAGUGGGCUUCAUGCUGGGGGCUUUAAUCAUCAUCUUGGAAGGCAAAAGCGAGAAUGUGGGCUUCCUCCAUGGUGUUGGCGUUGGAGCACUAUCUGGUGCCAUAAUUUCAAUGGAGAUACUGGACUCUUCUCUUGCUUUCCUUAACUCUCAUCCAUCAAGAAGCAGGGCCACGCUCUUCCUAGUGAUUAAGUUCUCAUGCCGCUGCGCAAGCAGAAAAUUCAUUCAAGAGCGAGUUGUUCAAGCAAUAUAUGCUGCAUUACCGAGACAGGUGAAUGAGCUGGAUGAUGUCCUAGACAUAUUCGAAACCGAAACACAUCCGUGUGGCAUGUCUUCUAUUUCUCUUGAACAGCUUGGAAGAAUGAAAUUUGAUGCAGCAGAAAAGGAUGGUGAUACCAAUUCAACCUGUGCUAUAUGUUUACAGGCCUUUCAACAGGAAGAAAUCAUACGGAGAUUGCCUCUUUGUAAACACAUCUUUCAUCUUCCUUGUAUUGAUACUUGGCUCUCAAGGCAUAACUCGUGCCCUCUUUGUAGGCAACAAUUUGGUGAACAUUUGUAAAUUUGCAUGGACAAAAUGUCACUGCUUUUCUAAAAGUAGAGAGAUGAAAGAAGAGCUCAUUUUCCAUUUUGCA